CGCAACCUAAAAAAAAAAAAAAAGAGCAGAAGAGGUCGAAUAGAAGGGACUAUUAUACUGCUGAAAUAGAGCGCAAUGCCUCAAGAUUACGAUAAAGAUGCUUAUCCGGAGCCCCCCCGGAAAACUCCAGUUGCGGAAAAGCAGACAACUCUUCCCAAUCCAGCCCUGAUCUUGUCAAAGCUGUACUACUAUUCCGUGGACCUGCCAGUGACCACAGUCAAAGGUUUUGCUGAAGCAAUUCAGUCCAAGCACAAGUACUACUACUACCACCAGAAUUUCCGUCGUGUCCCUGAACUGACCGAGUGCCAGGAGGGAGACUACCUGUGCUACUAUGAGGCAGAAAUGCAAUGGAGAAGAGACCAUAAGGUGGACCAGGAGAUUGUGAAGGUUGUUCAGGAGCGUCUGAGGGCUUGCCAGCAGAGAGAGGGCAACAGCUACCACCAGAACUGUGUUAAGGAGCUCCAGCAGUUUGAGCAGGUGGCCAAGGCCUAUCAGUCACGCUAUGGGGAUCUGGGAGCUUAUGCCAGCGCAAGAAAAUGUCUGAUGAAGCAGAAAGAAAGGAUGGUGGCAGAGGCACAGAAGGCCUAGAAACUACUUCCGUAUUUCCAUGUAUUAAAUGUAAAAUAAAUGUUUAUGGGAUCUGAUCCUCGAU